AUGAAGGUUGCGCAUGGCGUCGUUCUGUUUCUGUCCCUGCUCGCUCAGACAGGGUCGGAGUUUCUGAAAAAGCAUGAACAUUCGCGUGCCUUGGCAGUCGAGCCAUCAUCCAAGCCUCCUCUGCCAGCAAAACCAACCUUUGGACCAGAAGCCUACGUCUUGGGAGUCAUUGCUCCAGGGUCCUUCAUUAUGGGCCUGGCGGCAGUGGUGCUUUUGCGGUACUAUGAGAGGCGCCAUCCUUCAAACGACCUCGAAGUUGUUGACCGAGAACCCGAGAAUUUGGACGAAGAUGUCUAUGGUGCAGGGGUUGCGACCUUGGUCAGAGAUUCCUACAGUCUGAUAGAGGGAAAGGGAAGCCUCUUUCUUCGGAUCUCGCGGUUAUCCAGCUCGUUUUUGCUAAUGCUCUUCGUGGUUUUUCUGCAGAUAUUCAUUAUUCUGCAGAUGCAGAAGCUGGUGGCGAGCCGAGCAGUCACCGAAAUCCGGCAGAUCUAUGGACGCUAUGAGUUUGUCAUGUAUGGCGCGGACAUGUCUCAUAUCUACCUAACAGAAAACGGCUUCCCACGCGGAGUGGAUCCAACAUAUUUUGACGCGGCAAACUUCGGCCGGCUAACCGAGAGCGAGCAGGUUCUCGCAGCCACAGCUUUUGCUGCCAAUCCUGCCGCCCGGUUCAUCUGGACGCUGACAGUUGUGGCAGACUUGCGACGAUGUGGAGAUCUAUUUGUCCGCCUGAUCUUGGCUACCCCAACGAUCUCAUCAAUGCGUGAUGCUGUCGUCGAAGGAGAGGGAGAAUGUGAAGUGGUCGUUGGCUUGACUGGCACGCUCAAAGCCGUGCUGAUGGCAUCUUGCAUUGUUCCACGCUACCUGAUAAAUGUUUAUCUGUUGUGGCUGGGGUGCCGCUGGCUUGCGGCCACUCCAAGUUUCGGAGACUUGUUGCUCAAUGCUGUGGCGCUCGAGUUCAUCCUUCUUCUUAAGGACACCCUGUAUGCAGGUGUGGUACCUGAUAGAAACAAGCGUGCGACGCAGAACACCCUCAUUCAGCCAUGGCAAAAGAGAGAGCCUGCCAACUACCGCGUCUUCCUUUCGUCCUUCCUAUUGAUCCUGGUGACUUGUUCCUGGGUGCUCUAUUAUGUCUACCGCUUCCAAGCUGUCCUCCCCGACUACAAAUGGGAUGUGGCAAAAGUCUGCGCAUCUUAUGUCAAAGCCAUCACCAGCGGCAAGGCCAGGUGA